AUGCCGGAAUCGAAGGAGGAGGAGCCGCCCUGCGCGCGCGUGUCGCUGAGCGUGUCCCAGGAGGGGGGCAUCAUGUCGUCGUCGAAGGUCGUGCUCCAGUGGAACUUCGAGCUCGGCCGGGACGCGCACACCAUCGCGCUGACGGCGUCGCUCAAGAAGAAGAAGCGGGAGAUCGAGGUCGACGGCGAGCUUCUCUGCCGGGGCGACGGCACGGCCUUCCGGAGCGACAGCGUGAGCCGCUUCAGCUUUCAGCGGCACGGCCACAGCUUCGCCCUCGAGGAGCGCCUCGACCUGCCGAAGGGCGCCGAGGCGGCGCGGCGGUUCCGCCUGUCCAUCGACGACGUGCCCUUCGACGUGAGCGGCGACGGCUGCGUCGCGACGCUCAAGGGCAAGCGCGGCAGCUGGCCCAAGCAGGACGCCGUGAGCGCGAUGAACGGCCUCCACCGCGACGCCGAGUCCAAGGACUCCGAGUCGAAGUGCGACGAGGGCAAGUUCGACAACACGGACCUCAAAAUUUCCACCGACCGCGCCGCCGAGUCGCUGAGCGUCGACAGCAUCGGCAUGUCCCUGACGCGAGUCUAG